AUGCGCGUUUUCAUCACGGACUUGGGCUCGUCCCUCUCGACGGAGCUGGCACGCAAUUGUCAAGAUGCUGGUCUUGAAGUCGUCGGUACCGCCUCCAGGGGUGGGAAAUCUGAAGUUACAGCAAUCAAACGUCAACUGCAGAGCCACGCGAGUAGCGACGUCGCUGGAGCCGUCAAAGAACCAAUUGCCCUGCAAACCGAUGUGGCAGCGUGGCGUCGACUUGUGCAGCAAGCCGACGUAGUCGUGGUCACUUCGCUGGCAGCUGACCCGAAACUGGCCAUGGAGACACUGAAAGUCUUCGAGAAACGGGACAUGACCAAAGGUGACGAUGAAGCGAAAGAGGACGAGGGCGGCGAAAGUGUCAAACGCUUUAUCGCAGUGUCUUCCGUGCUCUCAUGGAGCAAGAAUUCCCCGUUUGCAGCAUCAGGAACCGAUUCUGGACACGUCGAGGACGAUUUCAAGUCAAGACGCCCGGCACGCAAAUAUACAGACCUCAAAACUGCUGAGACGCAGAUCUUGAGCGCACACCGGACUGGAGACCUUGAAACCUGCAUCGUCGGAGCAGGACUAAUAUAUGGCGGUGCUCAGUCACAGCUACAGCUGAUCUUUCGAGAGGCGUGGUUGCAUCCGGAUCAGCCACUCCUUGUGCCAAGUCUCGCAACGCAAGCUCAGCCUACCAGUCAAGGUCGAAAUCUGCUGCCAAUGAUCAGUCUCUAUGAUCUCGCGUUGCUAGUUUUCCGUGUUGCAGCCUCGCCGUCACCACCCCCCAAGAAAUAUUUGCUUGCGGUUGACAGGGCCAGUGGCAGCACGAGCCUGCGCGACGUAUGUCGUGGAGUUAGCACACUUCUUGCGUCUGGGCACCUACGCGAUCGUGAAGACUCUGCUAGUGCGGCCGACGCAAAAGCUGAUGCGUUACUUUUGGACGAAGAGGAGGAGCUUGUGACGCCUCUGCAAGUUCAUUUGCGCUUUGAUACAUCCGCCGGGGCGAUGCAUACGCUAGUGGCUCCUGAAGAGUGGCGCCACUAUUCACGCGGCCUGUUGGGGAAUCUGGUCUUCUUCUUUGACGACUUCAUUAACGCCAUGGAUCUGCGUCCACUACGCACCAUCAUUCUUGGUGCGCCUCGAGCGGGUAAGACCAUGCUUAGUCGGAAGCUUGCAGCUGAUUAUUAUCUGCCAUAUCUACAGCAAGGCAACGAGGACACGCAAAAACUUCGUGAAGAGCUCCAGCAGUGGGCUCCAACUGCUGGGGAUAAAGCUUCGCAGCUUCCAGAAAAAGCCUUGGUAGCACUGGUACGCUGGAAGCUUCGUAGUGCUGCAUGUCGUAACCAGGGGUAUGUACUGGAUGGGCUUCCAAUCUCAUCAGUUCAGGCAAAAAAAAUCUUUUCGCAGGAGCCCAACACUGACACUAACAAUGCUGAUGGAGCAGCUGCCGUCCCCGCGGUGGAUGUUGAAGCGAUGCUGACGCAUUUGAAACCCAGACAGCUAGUCGAAGUGCCGAAUCGAGUGAUUGUACUUCAGGCUCCUCGAGCACUGCUGGAGAUACGUGCCCAAGCGUUGUCAGAGGCUGAAGCCGAGCGCACGGAGAACACUCAGGACGCAUUUGCUCGGCGUUUCGACGAGUUCGAAUCCAACAUUGAAGCUCUGGAGGCAUUUUUUGAAAAGCCAAAGAUGACGAAGGAGGUCACAGCAGAAGGCGUGGAAGUGCUGGAGCUGAGUCUGCGAGACGAGCACGGAUACCGUAAUGACGCAGUCUUUGCUGCUCCCAUUCAGCGAUACGUGGAGCAGGGAGACCAAGCACCACGCAACUUUCACCCCACAAGGGCAGAACUGCGCGAGCAGCGCCGUGCAGCGGAGAAACAAGCUCGAGCAGCUGUAUUUCGCUCUGCACAGCUCAUCCGCGAACAGGACGCGCAAGAUGAGGCGGCUCAGCAGGCGAAGAUCGCUCGGGAACGUGCACGACUUGAACUCCUGCAAUGUGAAGAGGCUGAGCUACUUGAAACCCGUGCUAAGCCACUCCGAACGUACCUUAUGGACACGGUGCUGCCUGCGCUGACCGAAGGGAUGCUGGAAGUCGUCAAGGUGCAACCUACGGACCCAAUUGAUUAUCUGGCAGAGUUCCUCUUUCGCAAAGGCCAGGAGCUAGAAGCGGAGUUAAGUGAAGCCUAG